GGGUGGGACCGGCUCCUAUUAGCUGGGGCCAAUGCCCCUAAUGAGCCUCACAUAGCAGAGUCACAUCGGCCUUGCCUCCUUCUUUCCGCUUCUACGACCGGGGGCCGUCAUUUUUUUCGGGCCAGAAAAAUUCGCUGGCUUCUCCCCUUCCUUCUCUUGAACAUUCCUUCUCCAUUCUCCUCCUCCCAUCUAUCUUCCUCAAGCGCCAGUUCCUUUCUUUCCUGUCGCGCGUGUCAUUAUUAUUUCUUCUUUUCUUAUUACCUUUUGUUAAUUUUACACCAUCUGUAAUAUUUAAAGAUGUUUGCCUCGCGCAUCUCCAGAGCUCUUCCCCGAGCUACCCCCUUUGCCGCUCGUUCGGCUGCCAUUAACAGAGCCCCCCUCGCUACCCGUUUCGCUCGCUAUGAGUCGACGGCUGCUGCUGAGGGCGAUGGCAAGGUCCAGGGUGCCGUCAUCGGUAUCGAUUUGGGUACCACCAACUCUGCCGUCGCCAUCAUGGAGGGCAAGGUCCCUCGCAUCAUUGAGAACUCCGAAGGUGCCCGCACAACUCCAUCGGUCGUUGCUUUCGCCGAAGAUGGUGAGCGUCUUGUCGGUGUCGCUGCCAAGCGCCAGGCUGUCGUCAACCCCGAGAACACUCUCUUCGCUACCAAGCGUUUGAUUGGUCGCAAGUUCACCGAUGCUGAGGUUCAGCGUGAUAUUAAGGAGGUCCCCUACAAGAUCGUCCAGCACACCAACGGAGAUGCCUGGGUCUCUGCUCGCGACCAGAAGUACUCUCCCUCCCAGAUUGGUGGUUUCGUUCUCAACAAGAUGAAGGAGACCGCUGAGGCUUACCUCUCCAAGCCUGUUAAGAACGCCGUCGUCACUGUCCCUGCUUACUUCAACGAUGCUCAGCGUCAGAGCACCAAGGACGCUGGUCAGAUUGCUGGCCUCAACGUUCUCCGUGUCGUUAACGAGCCCACUGCUGCUGCUCUUGCCUACGGUCUCGAGAAGGAGGCUGACCGUGUCGUCGCUGUCUACGAUUUGGGUGGUGGUACUUUCGAUAUCUCUAUCCUCGAGAUCCAGAACGGUGUUUUCGAGGUUAAGUCUACCAACGGUGACACCCACCUUGGUGGUGAAGAUUUCGAUAUCCACCUGGUCCGCCACAUGGUUGCUGACUUCAAGAAGACUUCUGGCCUCGACCUCUCUGGCGACCGCAUGGCUAUCCAGCGUAUCCGUGAGGCUGCUGAGAAGGCCAAGAUUGAGCUUUCCUCCUCUCUCCAGACUGACAUCAACCUUCCCUUCAUUACUGCCGAUGCUUCCGGCCCCAAGCACAUCAACAUGAAGCUUACCCGUGCUCAGCUUGAGAACAUGGUUGACCCUCUUAUCACCCGCACCAUCGAGCCUGUCCGCAAGGCCCUCAAGGACGCCAACCUCCAGGCCAAGGACAUCCAGGAGGUCAUCCUUGUUGGUGGUAUGACCCGUAUGCCCAAGGUUGCCGAGUCCGUUAAGGGCAUCUUCGGCCGCGACCCUGCCAAGUCUGUCAACCCCGAUGAGGCUGUCGCUAUCGGUGCUGCUGUCCAGGGUGCCGUUCUCUCUGGUGAGGUCAAGGAUCUCCUCCUCCUUGAUGUCACCCCUCUCUCUCUUGGUAUCGAGACCCUCGGUGGUGUUUUCACUCGUCUGAUCAACCGAAACACCACCAUCCCCACCAAGAAGUCUCAGGUCUUCUCCACUGCUGCUGACUUCCAGACUGCUGUCGAGAUCAAGGUCUACCAGGGUGAGCGUGAGCUUGUCCGCGACAACAAGCUCCUCGGUAACUUCCAGCUUGUUGGUAUCCCCCCUGCCCACCGUGGCGUCCCUCAGGUCGAGGUCACCUUCGACAUUGAUGCCGAUUCCAUUGUCCACGUUCACGCCAAGGACAAGUCCACCAACAAGGACCAGUCCAUCACCAUUGCCUCCGGCUCUGGUCUCUCUGAUAACGAGAUCCAGCAGAUGGUUGAGGACUCUGAGAAGUACGCUGAGGCUGAUAAGGAGCGCAAGGCUGCCAUCGAAGCUGCCAACCGCGCCGACAGCGUCUUGAACGAUACCGACAAGGCCCUCAACGAGUACGCCGACAAGCUUGACAAGACCGAGGCUGAUAGCAUCAAGGAGAAGAUCGCUUCUCUCCGUGAGUUCAUCGCCAAGAACCAGUCUGGCGAGGGCUCUGCCACCGCUGCUGAGAUCAAGGAGAAGACCGACGAGCUCCAGGUUGCCAGCUUGAACCUCUUCGACAAGAUGCACAAGGCCCGCAACGAGAGCGGCGAGGCCCAGCAGGCUUCCGGCGAGCAGCAGCAGAACGCCGAGGGCGAGAAGAAGGAUGAGCCCAAGCCUUAAUUUGACUGAAGCUCGUUUUGUUUGAAUAAUUUUUUUGCCACCCCCAGCCAACUAAAAGAAGAGAAGGUACAUGUGCUCCCAUUACCGACAACGCGUGGAGAGCGGCGCAUGUAUCUUUUCUCAUUGUAUUUUCACUGUACUCUUAUUUCAACUUUGACUGCUAUGCAGCCACAUAUUCACCCAUGUCCUUUAUAUCAUGGUUGGCGGAACAGGCGUUGGAGCAUUAGAUUGAACUCCCUGACGGAAAGAGAAAAAAAAGUUCUACGGGUGUUCACGAAUGAUUUACAUGGACCCUAUGGGGGAUAACUGUUUUGUUUUGCAAUGUAUAAAACGUUUCUUUGUUCUGAUUCGGUAGAGGUUUAAUACCAUCUCCCCUCUUCUAUUACAUCAAAUUUCCACCAUUU